UUGUUCCUCCCCACCCCACCCUACCCUACCCCCCUCUGUGACAAUGCCGGUCAUGUCGGUGUGAUGCUCGACGCGUUCGGAUUAAAUGUGCCCCAUUCGAGUCCUGGGACAACACAAAUCGGCAGUACACAUGUGAAACGUCCGAUGAACGCAUUCAUGGUCUGGUCACGUGGACAACGGCGUAAAAUGGCUCAAGCCAAUCCGAAAAUGCACAAUUCGGAAAUCAGUAAACGUUUGGGUGCGGAAUGGAAACAUUUGUCCGAUUCGGAGAAGAGACCGUUUAUUGAUGAGGCCAAACGGCUUCGGGCCAGUCACAUGCGAGCACAUCCGGACUACAAAUAUCGACCUCGACGAAAACCGAAAAUGUUGACAAAACAGGACAAGUUUCUUCAAAACCCCCGGUCUGGUGGUUCGUGGUUCGAACCCUUUCAGAGACACGAAGUAGUAAACACUGAGAUCGGAGUUGUAAAGUUGUACCGAAAGUUGUGCGUCGAAAACUAG